UCAGUAAGACCAAUCGGGAAAUAGGCAGAUCUCCGUUCGCGUAUCGAAGUCCUUCGACGGAACUUGGAUUGCUUACACCGACUCCGAAAUCGCACCAUCAAGACGAGAACAACAACCGAGGAAACCACAGAGCAAAAUCGCUGCACUCACCGCAGCCUUUGGUGGUGCAUCAUAUGGACGAAAUGGCCCACAGCAGUGACCUGAUCGGAGUUCAAGCACAACCUGGCAGCAGUUCUGGGGUCGUAGCACCAUUUGCCAGCCAUGUUUCUCUCAACAAAAUGAUACUAUCUCAGCAGCAGAAGCUUAUUGAUAUGAAUAGCCUCAAAAGUUGUCGUAUAGAUCCGGUUACCAUCAAGCAAGAGUCGGGCCUUCUUGCCAGCGGAUACACCACCUCACCCGCUAUCUCUUCUCCAACGCCAUCUAACGGAAACUUGGAGUCUGAUAAGGAUAUCUCAAAUCAUUCCGAGCAUGUCGCACCCCCUGUGUACCCACCUCAGGUUCGAAUCAACGACGGUCAAAUGGCCCUUCUUUUACCUGAUCACUACAUCCAGCUGGCAACAGCUCUAGGUCUAAAUACUCAACCUAUCGUAGAACAUACCCCUGCACCUCCUGCCACCGACUUCGAGUCACUGAUCGAACAAAACCGUCGCCACGCGGCCAUGCACGAAAAAAUGACCGCAGACAUUCUAGCCAACCUUCACUCACUUCCCGAAAACGUAGACGAAAACUACUGGGAAUUGUACAAGAAAUCUCUGGGAAUUCCGGACUCAAUAAGUAAAAUGACACUAGAGGACGUGCGCACUUUGAUGGCGAAGUCAGCUCCUAAGCCUCCCACACCACCACCGGUUACCAAGAUGGAAGUAGACGAUCCCGUUGACGAAAAACCUUUCUCCGUCACCGAUGUGGGAGAUGGCGAGAACGACUGCUCUAAUCACAGCAUCAAAAAGGAAACUGACCCAGUUAGCCCGCAAGCAUCCAUAUCACACGAGGCAACAGAGGAUAAGCAGCGAGAUGAUUCUGAUAAUCCGGCAGGACCCAGCAGCUCGUAUGAAAACAUUUCUUCAAAUGAAGGUCCUUCGCAUGAUCAGCACAAUGACGGUUCAAGCGAUGACAGUAUGUGGCGACCCUGGUAGAAAGGCAAUAGAUAAUUCUGUACAUAUGCCAUAACUCGUGCAAUAUUUUAACGGCAUAUUAAGAUAAUGUGGUAUUGUCCUAAUGUCGUCCCUAUAGAUCUCUAGAUCAAUCAGUAGACUUGGAGUGUAAUUUUUAGAUUACCCAUA